GGAGAAGCCAAAAAGUCUUCGAUAUAUAUUCGUAUGGUAUUGUUGCAUCACCACCGUCUUCCUGGAAUCUCGAUCGCCACAUCGCCGGAUUACAAUCGCCUCCGUAGAAGCCUUCACGAUGUGUUUUUGAGCAUGAGAUUUGGAUUGACGCGAGAUCUCCCUCUGAAACGAUCAUCAUUCGCCUACUAUUCCUCCGGAUCUCGAGAACGACAGACCAUCGCCAUGGCGACCAAGAACGACACGACUUCGACUUCGACGGAGGUGAAAGAUAAGGUAGUGGAGGAGAAGAAGGAUAAGGAUAAGAAGGAGGAGGAGGUAUCGCUCCCACCGCCGCCGGAGAAACCAGAGGCUGGAGAUUGUUGCGGUAGCGGCUGCGUCCGAUGCGUUUGGGAUGUGUAUUACGAUGAGCUCGAAGAAUACAACAACAAGCUCUCUGCUUCCACUCCUGGAGAUACUAAAUCCAAUUGAUUGAAUUGCUUUGUUUCCUGAUUGUUACUGUUAAACAAUUGCUUUGUUCGAAAAAAUAAAGAUUGGCCAAAGUACACUGAUCGACCAUUUUUCAAUUAAAAUGUUUCUGUUUUUUUCA